UGUAAAAUCAAAAGUUCGCGGGGCUCUUUUUAGAAUUCUUGCGCCGUAUUGACCUAUCUGUUAGGAUUAUUUUCUUAGGCGAAUCGAGUCGCCAGCAAUCAAUCAUGUCGUCUAUGAUUACGACGUCUACUUGGGUACGGCGUGGCUUUGCGGCGCCGUUCCCUGCCAAGUACGACUUCGACGAGGCCGAAUUCGACAGGAUAGCCAACCUAGCUAAGCUACAAUUAGACGAUGCGAAGGAGGAUCUAGAGGAAGCGCAAGAAGAGGAAAAUGGAGCAAGCGACGACAAUGACGACGAAAAAAAUGCGAACGGGUCAGAUCACAAAUCCCCAGCGCAAAAUGAAGAGGCAGAGGCAGAGGACAUUGACAUAGACGACGCGGACCUUAAGGAGUACGACUUAGAGCACUAUGACGAUGACGAGGAGGAGGCUGAAGGCCAGCGAAUGGACAUGUUUGGAAACAUCAAGUCUCUGGCAUACUACGAAUCCAAUAAAGACGACCCCUACAUCACAAUACCCGACGGCCAAGACGAGGAUGACGAAGAUAGAGAAGAGCUACAAAUUCUAGCCACAGACAACCUACUACUAGCCGCAAAGGUUGAAGAUGAGCUUGCGCAUCUCGAGGUCUACGUAUACGAAGACGAAGCCGACAACCUCUACGUACACCACGACAUCAUGCUUCCUGCGAUACCUCUCUGCGUGGAGUGGUUGGACAUCCCCGUAUCGAAAAACAGCGUGGAUAAAGAUUCCGUAGCCAACUUUGUCGCCAUAGGGACGAUGGAUCCCGAUAUCGAAGUCUGGGAUCUGGAUACCAUAGAUUGCAUGUACCCCAAUGCGAUUUUAGGCCAAGGGAGCAAUCCGCAAGAAGAGGAAAAGAAGAAAAAGAAAAAGAAGAAAUCGAAGAAGGCUAACGAUGAGUACCACGUCGAUGCAGUUUUGUCUCUUGCCGCCAACAGGAAACACCGAAAUCUUUUGGCUUCUGCUUCGGCAGACAAAACUGUAAAGCUGUGGGAUUUGUAUACGACAAAGUGCGCCAAGUCCUACUCAUAUCACACAGACAAAGUUUGCUCGCUGGCAUGGCAUUCUGUCGAGUCUACGGUGCUGUUGAGUGGAAGCUACGACCGAACUAUUGUUGCAGCCGACAUGCGAGCCCCCGAGGCCAAGGCUCCGCGAUGGGGCGUAGAGAGUGACGUCGAGAACGUUAGGUGGGAUCCCCACGACCCCAACUUCUUCUUCGUCUCUACCGAGAACGGAAUUGUACAUUACCACGACAUCCGGAACGCGCCGCCAAAUCCUUCCGCUAGCAAGCCGGUGUGGACGUUGCAUGCCCACGACGAGUCCUUGUCAUCUUUCGACAUCAACGCGCACAUACCGGGAUUCAUGGCUACCGGCUCAACUGACAAGACUGUCAAGCUCUGGAACAUCCAGCCAACAGGGCCUGCCAUGGUCGUGGCCCGUAACCUAGACGUCGGCAGGGUAUUUUCGACAAACUUUGCCCCCGACGCCGAGGUGGCUUUCCGUCUUGCCGUGGCAGGAAGCAAAGGAACAAUGCACGUGUGGGACACCAGUACAAACGGAGCUGUACGACAGGCAUUCGCACACAAGAUCUCAAACAAGUCAGAUGGGGAGAUCAGGGAGAGGCUCAUCGGUGUCGAAGAGGACGAGAGCUCUUCAGAUAGCGAGGGAGGUGAGGACGAAAACGGCGAGCCCGAAUCCAUGGAUGAGGAUUAGAUACGGCCCAUCGAGUCUGGGCCGUGAUGUUUCACGGGUAGAUGCAUUUUGGUACAACAAUGAACAAUGUAGCCAGGCUAAUUCCGUCGUCGCACGACCCAAAGUUCGUUUCUGGUUUCAAGAGUUCGCAUGGCCUAACAGGGCAGGGCGAUUUAUUUAUAUUUGAAUCGGCCGACGGCUGAAACGAGAAGGAAUGAGUGAUAAUCUGGUCUCGGCUAGAU